AUGGUCACCAGCCCGAAAAGCCCCAAGGGCGAAGCAGCUGCGCCAGCCCCGGCCCCGACCCUGCUCAGCGCCGAUGCGCAAAACGCCGCGGGCAUUCUUCCUGCGUCGCACUGGACAGCGCAACCGCUCCCGGAAGAGAAUUCAGGCAACGAUACCGACUCGACAUAUGGAUCUUUCAGGUCCACUAUCGCUUCUCUGGCUUCGAGCAUUUACGAAUAUCGCACCAUUCAAGGAAGAACCUAUCAUGGCCAGAUGGGUAAUGCUGAAUCGUGGGAACCGAACGAUGCGCGUCACGUCGAAUCCAUGGAGAUCUUGCACCAUGCUCUGGUGUUGCAGACGGACGGAAAGUUGUAUCUCGCUCCACUGGACAAGAAGAAGGUACAAAAGGUACUCGACAUCGCAACAGGGUCCGGACUCUGGUCCAUUGAUUUUGCCGACGAGUUUCCGAAUGCCGAAGUUAUUGGUACCGAUUUCGAAUUGGACGAUUGCAACCAAGAGUGGACAUGGGGUGAAAACACCAUCGAUUUCGUCAAUAUGCGCUUCCUAAAUGGUGUCGUCGACGAUUGGUAUGCCCUCUUCCGUAACGCCUAUAGGGUGUGCAAGCCGGGCGCCUGGGUAGAGAGCUCCGCAACUUCUACCAAGUUCUUGAGUCCUGACGGGACGGUGAAGGAUGGAAGUGCUAUGGAUCAAUGGGGCAAAGUCUUCCGGGAGGGCGGUAAAAAGCUCGGAAGGACCUUUGCUGUCUAUGAAGAGGACCUUCAGAGGAAGGGCAUGGAAGCCGCGGGAUUCGUCGAUAUUCAGUACAAGGACAUCCAAGUCACUCUGGGUAUCUGGCACCCAGAUAAAAAGGCCGCCGAAAUAGGUCUUUGGUGGAAGCUGGCUAUUGAGUCAGAUAUCGAAGGAUACAUCAACUACUUCUGGCAUGCUGUACUUGGCUGGACCCCUGAGGAGGCCAAGGUAUUCGCCCGCCACAUCAAGAGGGAAUGGAACGACCCUAACCUUCACGGCUAUUUCAUGAUGCGCGUCGCAUGGGGCCGUAAGCCAGAGUAA